AUGUCGGAUUCUGCCGAAACCACCAACAAUGGUGCACCGAGCAUCCAAAAGUCUGCUUCUACAAGCCAGAUACUACAGGAAAGCCUCGUCGAUGUGAUUACUGCUUUAACGGGUGGGACUAUCCAAACAAGCGAGCAGCUAAGCGUCGUUAAUACCACGCUGCUCGCUUCUGGAGGUUAUAAUUAUGUUUGGCUUGUUAAAGUGAAGGCUCCCGGCCACGAUGGUGAAGGCAAACGAAUCCAUCAAUUCGUCUAUCGUAUACCCAAAGCCGACGCACUGCUACCAGACCAGCUCGAAAAUGAGGUCGCAUGGCUGACCUACGUAUCUCAACACACCUCUAUUCCAGUGCCAAAAGUAUACGCAUACUCAUCAAAACAGCCGCAUUCGUUCGUUGCCCUCGAAUACAUAGACGGCCAGCCCCUAGGCUCAGCCUACAAAGACUGCACCGCAGAUCAGCAAGAAACGCUCUGCACCGAAAUCGCCAACAUCAUAGUCCAGAUGGCCGAGCUCCGGUUCGACAAGAUCGGUGGCCUCUUACCAUCUCAUGAGCUGGGACCGACUGUGGAAGGAGUGAAACUAUUCAAGGGACGGGACAAGUUCCACUCGCACGCGCACUACAAUAUCGGUCCAUACUCCACCACCAAGGACUACAUCCUCGCCUACUACGACAAGGAAAUAUGCUACUAUUCCCACGCAUCCAAUGAUGAUAUCGACUGGAGUCUUUUCUACCCCGCUGACGUGGAAACUGUAAGUAGAGAUCUUGAGGACGCGGGAGAUGAGCGGCAGGCGUUAUUUGAGAGGAAGGAGGCGUUUGUGGAGGAGUUGAAUAGGGAGAGGGAGAAGGUGGCUCAGGAUGAAGAGGGGUUUGGGAAGGAGAUGCCGUUUGUGCUUUGCCAUGGGGAUUUUGAGGGGAGGAACGUUUUGGUUAGGGAGGGGAGGGUUGUUGCUGUCAUCGAUUGGGAGUUCGCGGGCAGUUUUCCGCUUUGCGAAAUGUUGGCUGGUAAACCCCUGACGAUUGUGGAGUAUACGGAUCGCUGUGAGGAAGAUGAGGAGGCGGAGAAGGAUGCUGAGUGGUGUAAUAAGAUCAUCGAUAAGGUUGAGGAGUUUGCGAUAGAGAGGGAGUGGAGUACGGAGAAUAUUGACUUGUUGUUGGGACAAGGGAAUGAGAUAUUGGAUAGAGCUAGAGAGGAGAUGUUUCCGACGAUUUGA